AUGCCUUCCCGAACAAACUCUACUGCCCCCUUCAGCCGCGACUCUGAGGACACUCAUAAUGCUUUCCUUGCGGACGAGGAUGAGUCCAAUUCCUCCAUUGAACAGAGCCAUUACAAUGAGCUCCCAGAGAACACCCAAUUUUUUCAAGAUGCGAUUGCAUCCGGCCAAGAACCGGCCGCCACGUUCCCCGAGGAGGUCCAGGAACCGCGUGUCGAUCACUCAGACACCCGUCCCCGGCUUGUACCAUUUCCGUCUCGCAGCAUUGCCUCACAGGAUUUGCCAGAUGCGUUCCGCCCAGGAUACUUCGACAAUGCCGCCGCCAUGCCCAACCCGUAUCGCUUCCCAGCUGGCGCUCCCACGCAGCCGGCCGAACGACCAGCCCUGUGGGAUGACACCUCAUCAUCAACACCUCCAUUUCCCACGGUCUCUCCCUCCGCAACCUCCUUUGCCGCCCGGGCAUCUAGGCUGAGCCCGCACCACAUGCGUACAGUCGACUUCUCACCUUCUCCGCCGUCACCUAGUUGUCUGGCUUAUUCGUCCACGGCUCGUGUUGUGCGUGGUAAUAAUCCCUACCAACGGGGCGCAUAUACGGCCCAGAUGCUCAGCAAUAUCCGACUAUCAGCAGGCGCCGCUGCUGCCGCGGCUAUCGGCCCGGAUUAUCUAAUGCCACUCUUGGAGGGAGACAUGAUCGAUGCUCUUCGGAGGGAGCGGGAGCGGAACCGUACCUACACGGGCGGUGACGGAGCUGAGCGUGCGGACCGGCUUCGAAUGAACGUAGGUCCAGGGGCACACAGCGUCCGUCGCCGCAGGCUGGCUCACCGCCCCCGUAGGCCAUUCGGGAGCCUCAAUACAUGCUUUGAUAACAUGGUGCAUGAGAACCUGGCAACCGUCGGCGGCGAAACGUCCCAAGAGGCCGCUGCCCAGAACCUGGCCCUGAGAGAGGCCCAACGCUUCCUGCAUGAAUGUAUCGAUCAGCGCAGAGCAAGGAGAGAAGCUCAGCAGCAGGACGAGGAGGACACAGAGGAUGAGGAGGAAGGCCAGGAGCCGGAUUCCACUACUGAUGGUGAGCACGAGGACGAGGACGACGAGGAAUACUAG